UUUGUCGUGAACAGCAUGGAGGAGAAUGACCCCAAGCCCAUCGAAGCGGCGGCGGCGGCGGCGGCGGCGGAGGGGCAGCGGCAGCCGGAAUCCAGCCCCGGCGGCGGCUCCGGUGGCGGCGGCGGCGGCAGCGGCAGCCCGGGCGACGCGGACACUGGCCGCCGGCGGGCUCUGAUGCUGCCCGCGGUCCUGCAGGCGCCGGGCAACCACCAGCACCCGCACCGCAUCACCAACUUCUUCAUCGACAACAUCCUGCGGCCCGAGUUCGGCCGCAGAAAGGACGCGGGGACGUGCUGUGCCGGCGCGGGAGGAGGAAGAGGCGGUGGAGCCGGCGGCGAAGGCGGCGCGGGCGGCGCGGAAGGAGGAGGCGGUGGCGCGGGCGGCGCCGAGCAGCUCCUGGGGUCGGGCCGGGAGGCCCGGCAGAACGCGCCCGGGGCGCCCGGGGCGGGCGGGCCGCUUCCCGGCGGCGGCGGCGGUGACUCUCCGGGCGACGGGGAAGGCGGCUCCAAGACGCUCUCGCUGCACGGCGGCGCCAAGAAAGGCGGCGACGCCGGGGGCCCCCUGGACGGGGCGCUCAAGGCCCGCGGCUUGGGCGGCGGCGACCUGUCGGUGAGCUCGGACUCGGACAGCUCGCAGGCCAGCGCCAACCUGGGCGCGCAGCCCAUGCUUUGGCCGGCCUGGGUCUACUGCACGCGCUACUCCGACCGGCCGUCUUCAGGUCCCAGGUCUCGCAAACCAAAGAAGAAGAACCCCAACAAAGAGGACAAGAGGCCGCGCACCGCCUUCACCGCCGAGCAGCUGCAGAGGCUCAAGGCCGAGUUCCAGACCAACAGGUACCUGACGGAGCAGCGACGCCAGAGCCUGGCGCAGGAGCUCAGCCUCAACGAGUCGCAGAUCAAGAUUUGGUUCCAGAACAAGCGUGCCAAGAUCAAGAAGGCCACGGGCAACAAGAACACGCUGGCCGUGCACCUCAUGGCACAGGGCCUGUACAACCACUCGACCACGGCCAAGGAGGGCAAGUCGGACAGCGAGUAGGGCGGGCGGGCGCGAGUCCAGUCUCAGGCCACGCUAAACAAUGCAAUAAUUUAAAAUCAUAAAGGGCCAGUGUAUAAAGAUUAUACCAGCAUUAAUAGUGAAAAUAUCGUGUAUUCGCUACGGUUCUGCAAUAUUCUAUGUAUAUAUAAUUUACAGGUGGUGUAAAAUCCAAAAUAUCUGACUAUAAAAUAUUUUUUUGAGUUUUUCUGUGUUUAUGAGAUUAUGCUAAUUUUAUGAUUUUUUUUUUUUUUUUUUUUUUGCGAAGGGGGGCUGCUUAGGGUUUCAUCUUUUUUAAUCCCCUAAGCUCCAUGGUGGGACAUCGGACACUUUUAUUUUUUAAUUUCAGAAGAAGAAAAAAAAAAUUAAAACAACUUGCUAAAGUCCAAAGAUUUUUAUUGCUGCAUUUCACACGACUGUGAACCGAAUAAAUAGCUCCUACUUGGUCUAUGA